AUGGUCCUGUCGGGGCUGCCCGCCGUCGACGACGGCGUCGCCGAGUCCGACGGGUUCUUGGGCCCCUACGCCGUGGGCGCGACGCUGGGCGUCGGCUCCUCCGCCGUCGUCCGCGAGGGCCGGGACCGGCGCACGGGCGAGCGCGUCGCGCUGAAGAUCGUCGACAAGAGCCGCGCGGCGCGCUACAAGGCCGCGAAACGCCUGAACAACGAGGUCGCGCACACGCGCGCGGUCGAGCACCCCAACGUCGCGCGCCUCGUCGACGUCGUCCACACGCGCACGCGCCUCUACCUCGUCCUCGAGCACGGCGGCCGCGACCUCUACGGCCACGUCGGCGACGCCUACGCGGACUUUGUGUGCCCGGAGCCCGCGGCGCGCCACGUCGUCAGCCAAUUGGUCGCGGCGUGCACGGCGCUCGCCGCGUCGGGCGUCGUCCACCACGACAUCAAGUCCGAGAACGUGCUCGUCACGGCCCAGGACGGCCGCGUCGCCGACGUGCGCCUCACGGAUUUGGGCAUGUCCGACCGCUACGCGGCGGGCGACCGCGGCACCGCGUUCUGCGGCUCGCCGGGCUUCUUCCCGCCGGAGAUGGUCACGGCGCCCGACUACGACCCCUUCAAGGUCGACGUCUGGUCCGUCGGCUGCGUCGCGCUCGAGCUGUUGCUCGGCCGCCAGUGGUUCUCCGACAGGUGGCUGCCCGCGUCCAAGCUCACGGGCGACCGCCCCGAGUUCGCCGAGGCGUUGGCCCUGGCCCUCGCGGACCUCGGCGACGCGCUCCGGGAGUCCACGCUGCCCGCGGAGGCCAAGGGCUUCCUCGAGCGCGCGCUCACGGAGGACCCGGCGGACCGGCCGACAAUCGAGGACCUCGCGGGCCACCCCUGG